ACACACUCUGUGUUUAUUACGCGCCUAGAAGUGGCACAUGGAAGCGAUACAGUGAAAUCCCUGACUGAUUCCUUGAAAUAUGGUGAAACCUACUGGCACUGACAGCACACGGAACGUCCGGGAAGUUUUUUUUGGAAUUCUGCUUUUCAUUACGGUGAAGAGUAGAUGAGUUGUCACAUAUUCUAAGGAACUCUAGAGAGAGCUGAAGACAGGUCAGGACAGCAGAAACUGAGAUGGAAGAGCUGUCAAGCCCCAAAAGACGCCAGUAAGCGGGUAGAUUCAGAAUUAGACGCGAUGGCAGCGUCCAGCAACUCCAGUCUGUCGGGUUCCUCCGUCUCUUCGGAUCCUGAAGAUUAUCAGCCACCGAUAUGGAAAUCCUACUUGUACCAGCUACAGCAGGAAGCACCAAGACCAAAGAGGAUCACUUGUCCUCAGGAGAUGGAAAGCAGACCUAAAUACUAUGGAAGAGAGUUCCAUGGUCUGAUUUCCAGAGAGCGUGCAGAUGAACUGCUUGCUGGGACAGAAGGUGCUUACCUCAUCAGAGAGAGUCAGAGACAACCAGGAACAUAUACACUUGCUUUGAGAUUUGGUGGUCAGACUUUGAACUACCGACUCUUCUAUGAUGGAAGGCACUUUGUGGGAGAGAAACAUUUCGAGUCAGUUCAUGAUCUGGUUACAGACGGCCUCAUUACUCUCUAUAUUGAGACAAAGGCAGCAGAAUACAUCGCCAAGAUGACCACAAACCCUAUCUACCAGCAUCUGGGCUACACCUCUUUCCUGAGAGACAAAAUCACUCACAGACUCAACCGGACCCGCUCUGAGGCCAAAAAAGUUACUUUCAAGCAGGAUGAAAAGAUCAACUCGUCACCACUGAGCAGACGGGCCACAAUCAGGGACAGACCGGAGAAACACUGCCACUAUGAGAAGAUCCACAACUUUAAGGUGCACACCUUCAGAGGGCCACACUGGUGUGAAUACUGUGCAAACUUCAUGUGGGGUCUUAUCGCCCAGGGCGUCCGUUGCUCAGACUGCGGGCUGAACGUGCACAAACAGUGCUCCAAACUAGUGCCCAGCGACUGUCAGCCGGACCUCCGCAGGAUCAAGAAGGUCUUCAGCUGCGAUCUCACCACACUGGUCAAAGCCCACAACACGCCAAGGCCGAUGGUUCUGGACAUGUGUAUCAAAGAGAUCGAGCACAGAGGUUUGAAAUCAGAGGGUCUCUACAGAGUGUCAGGCUUCACAGACCACAUUGAAGAUGUCCGGCUGGCCUUCGAUAGAGAUGGUGAGAAAGCAGACAUCAGUGCCAACAUGUACCCAGACAUCAAUAUAAUCGCCGGAGCUCUGAAGCUUUAUUUGCGAGAUCUGCCCAUUUCAGUCAUCACAUAUGACGUCUACUCCAAAUUCAUACAAGCAGCCAAAAUAACAGACCCUGAUUCUAGACUGGAGGCAGUUCAUGAUGGUCUUCUCCAACUUCCUCCUGCCCAUUAUGAAACCCUGCGGUAUCUGAUGACACACCUGAAGAGGGUCACCAUGCACGAGAAGGACAAUUACAUGAACUCCGAGAACCUAGGAAUCGUUUUUGGCCCCACGCUCAUGCGGCCCCCGGACCAGAACGCGCUCGCCACUCUCAACGAUAUGAGAUACCAGAAACUGAUAGUUCAGCUCCUGAUAGAGCAUGAGGACAUCUUGUUUUAAACAGCUGAAAUGAAGACAUCUUUCAAAGACUUAAAAGAGUGUGUACAUACACAUUUGUGCUGAAUACAGAGUUCAUUAUUAUUGAUGGGCAUUUUGUUUAAAGGGAUAGUCCACACAAAAAUUAAAGUUUGCAGAAAAUUUGGAUGUAGAUGAGAUUGUUUCUUCAUCAGAAAAGAUUUGGAGAAAUGUAGCAUUGCAUCACUUGCUCACUGAUGGAUCCUUUUUUAGGGUGACCAUAUGCGCCGUUCAUACGGGACACGUCCCAGCCAGGAUUUUAAUAUUGCCUAAAAUAUCCAGGUUUUGGCUAUUUGCACUGUGCAGGUUGAUCGUUGUGUAACAUUCAUGAGAGCUAUAAAAAGCAGAGCAGACGGCUCCUUAUGCUUUCGAAUCGCUUUCACGUGUUGGUUGGUUCGUUUGACUUGAAGAAUUGUGGCACACUUAGUUCUUUUGUUUUAUAGAUUUGUGCGCAGCGACGCUUCAAGUAAAUCAAACGAACAAAACGUGUGCAAAUUUGCAUCGCUUUGAUCGUUCCUUUUAGAUCUCAACUUCUCACACGCAGCCCCACGAUUGGUCGAUUAUGUACAAUACCUGCAUGUUAUUGGUCAAACUGCUCUGGAUGUUUUAGGCAAUAUUAAAAUCCUGGCCGGGACGUGUCCCGUAUGAACGGUGCGUAUGGUCACCCUAAUCCUUUGCAGUGAAUGGGUGCCGUCACAUUCAGAGUCCAAACUGCUGAUAAAAACAUCACAAUAUUCCACAAGUAAUCCACAUGACUCCAGUCCAUCAAUUAAGAUAAAAGCUCUUAACAAGAUGUUAAAUGAUGAUGUUUAUUGAUAAAAUGGAGUGUGGAUUGCUGUGAUGUUUUUAUCAGCUGUUUGGACUCUGAUUCUGACGGCACCCAUUCACUGCAGAGCAUCCAUUGGUGAUUAAGUGAUGUAAUGCUAAAAUUCCCCAAAUCUGUUCUGAUGAAGAAACAAACUAAUCUAAAUCUUGGAUGGCUUAAAGGGCGAUUCAAUUUUAAGCAAAUUAGCAUUUUUGGGGGGUGUAUUCCUUUAAAUCACAGAACCUUUUUUAUCUGAUGUGAGAUAACUAUGGUGCAUUGACCUUGAUGCUCUACAGGAUAAAUUCUAUGAACCUAUGGUCAAUUAGCAUUGCAAAACUGACAUAUUGUCAAGUAUGAUUAAGUGUGUGUGUUUGUGUGUGUGUUUAUAUAUAUAUAUAUAUAUAUAUAUAUAUAUGUACAUACAUACAUAAAGUAGGUGAUGGCAAGGCAAUUUAGAUCAUGUUCAAAGCACUUUUUAAUUUUACAUGGAGUGUAAAUAUUUUUAUUUUAUUUUUGUUCACUAAUGCUGUAUUUACCUAUGCCUCCUUCAAAUUAUAUAUUUUUUUUUCGCCCUGACAACAAUUAAGUAAUCUCUGUCAUCACCUUGUGAAUGGACAAAAUGGUUCUGUGAUCUUUUAAUUAGUGCUUGUUCCUCCCUGCUUGGACCAUUGUUGCUAAACAAAAUUGUGUGUAUUGUGUUCAUCUUGGACUCCUGGGGUGAAUUCAGCCAUUCACUUAAAAAAAAAAAAAUAAUAAUAAGCCACAAAUGGUACCGUCACCUUGAUUUGAGUUUAUUGAUAAAAUAUCUUUCUCCUAUUUUUUAAAAAGCUAUUUCUUUGAAAAAUGAUUGUAAUUAUGAUUGUAAUUUAUCAAAUGCUGAUUUAUUAAAUUAUGUAAAUCUGGUUACUUUUCA